AUGUCCAGCAUGAAUCCCGAAUAUGAUUAUUUAUUCAAGUUACUUCUGAUUGGCGACUCUGGGGUUGGAAAGUCUUGCCUCCUUCUUAGGUUUGCAGAUGAUACAUAUACAGAAAGCUAUAUCAGCACAAUUGGUGUGGAUUUCAAAAUAAGAACUAUAGAGUUAGAUGGGAAAACAAUCAAACUUCAAAUAUGGGACACAGCAGGCCAAGAAAGAUUUCGAACAAUCACCUCCAGUUACUACAGAGGAGCCCAUGGCAUCAUAGUUGUGUAUGAUGUGACAGAUCAGGAGUCCUUCAAUAACGUUAAACAGUGGCUACAAGAAAUAGAUCGUUAUGCCAGUGAAAACGUCAACAAGUUGUUGGUAGGGAACAAAUGUGAUUUGACCACAAAGAAAGUAGUAGACUACACAACAGCAAAGGAAUUUGCUGAUUCCCUUGGAAUUCCAUUUUUGGAAACCAGUGCUAAGAAUGCAACGAAUGUAGAACAGUCUUUCAUGACGAUGGCAGCUGAGAUUAAAAAACGAAUGGGUCCUGGAGCAACAGCUGGCGGUGCAGAGAAGUCCAAUGUUAAAAUUCAGAGCACUCCAGUCAAGCAGUCAGGUGGAGGUUGCUGCUAA